AUGCACAAAAAGAAUUCCAAUGGAUCUGCUUUGGACAGUACCCUUUUGGAUACCAACAAAUCUGAAUCGGUCGUUACCAUCGCACAUACCGAGAACGAUAAAAAGGAUGCAGAGAACAAACAUCAUCUUGGCGGUAAUGAAAACAAGGCAGAAUAUCAAGUUUGGGGACUACGCGUUAGUAGUCUUAUGAUUGGUGGAUAUCGGUCCUGCGAGGAUGUCGAAUGCAUCUCUCUCAAUGUACAAUUCGCCAUUCACUUGGAAACUCAGGACAGUAAAGACGCACAAGCACCUUUCGAUUCUUUCUAUGAAGAUUUUGGAGAUGAGACUCCUCUUGGAGUGGAUGACACUCAUGUAAUGGAAAGAUAUUCUGGUGACAUAACUGAUAUUCCUGUUUCUGUGCUACCUUCUGGUCCUGUAAUUAAAUGUGCAAUCCGAUAUAAAAUACCAUCCACUCAGAAAACCCCAUACAACCCUCCCCUUUCCAUCGAUGAUCUUCUCAACGAUGAGAUGCUUAUCAAAAGGAUCGAAACCGACUACAUAACUAUGCAUCAGUCUCCACCGACUUAUGCCGGUCCUGAUUCCGACCCUCCAAAAACUACCAAGCUGAAUCGAGACAUCGCGACAUAA